AUGGAGCAAAGUUCAGGCUUGACUUUGGACAGCUUCUUGAUGAACCAUCCGGGGUUGGGUGUCAACCUAUCACCACUUCGGUUAAGUAGUCCAGUUGUCAUCCCCCAGAAACGCCCCGGAAACAAAGAACGUGGUUUCGUAGAGGCAUACGCACCCGAUCUUGAGGCAUUUGGUAUCGAUCAAGAAACAUUCAUCGCCUUCAUACGGGCUAUCAACAAAGCCGUACAAGCGUCCAAAUGGCUCUAUGCUAUUCAGGUGGCUGCCAUGGGCACCGGGUUCAUUCCCAAUCACAUCGCCCUGGGCGUUUCCGCUGCCGUGCAGAUCGUCGCUGGGAUUGUCGCCAAGACGGAGACUCGAUGGAAAACGAACUCUUUUAUGGAUCGAGCGAACGUCAAUUUCUUCCAGCCCCGGGGACUGUAUUGCCUCCUCAUGUCCUACAGUCCGAUCUCCACCAUCAAUAAAGAAAGGGUCGAUCCAGCGCAAGCUAUGUUGACACGUGAGUCGACGGCCGUAACCUCAUCCAAAGCCAAAAGAAACCUGAGGAAUCCUUUGGCUGGCGUCUCCCAUGGCCAAGAGGAUCUACCCGACUCCGUUGCGACUCUAAUCUAUCCAACUAUCGAAAGAACCACUCCGAGCACUGACAAGAAGAAAACGGUGUUUUCCAAGCUGAACGAGUACUUUGAUCAACGCGCUCAGGCACGCUACGCAUCUGAAAGUAAUGGAGAUGUACUCUCCUCGGUUCCACAAAAGCCCUUCUCAAACCGCUAUCUGGACCCAAACCAUCCUGCCUCUAACGGUGGCUUACUUGGCCUCUUAUCUGGGGGUAAGCUGACACCAGAUGUCGAAAAGCAAAAAGAAAGUAUGCGCUCUGCCAUGGCCAACCAAGAGCAGCUUAUCCGAGAUCAACAAUCUUCUCAGAUGGAAAACCUCAUCUCUGUACUACAAGGCAUGGAUCUCACUGCUAAAGAAAAGCAAGCCUACAUCCAGCAAUAUGAAAACGCAUACGAACUACAACUGCAACAGUUUCAGCACCAGUCUGAGCUGUUAGAUAACGGACAGCGUCGCAUUAGUCGCAACAUUCUCUAUUUGAUGAUUGUUAAUCUACCAACGCCUGAAGAGAUAGAAGUCGCUCGAAAGGGCAGAUCUGCCACAGAUCUUGGACAAAGCAGCAAUGGCGUGGCAAUUGCAAGUGUGGAUGUAGAGUAG